UUUGUAAAUAGAACAACACAGAGAAUGGUAAAUCAUAGGAAACUUUAAUGAACUGUUUUGACUGAACUAUGCCAUGUGUCAUGUUUUGUAUUAUUGAAGCUAUUGUUAUAUAUUUUCGCUAGCAAACCAUUCAAUGACAAUGGAUCCGAAGAACAUCAGGAAAAGGAAAUAUAGUGAGGAUUUCUUACAAUAUGGUUUUACCUGAAUAUUUACAGCGGGAAUCGAGAAACCGCAAUGUGUAAUUUGUUGCGAAGUUCUAUCAGCCGAAUCGAUGAAGCUGAACAAACUGAAACGCCAUUUUGAGAGCAAGCAUCCGAGCUAUGCUGGCAAGUAUACCAACUAUUUUAGAACCAAAGCUGAUGGACUCAAGAAAGCUAGACUUGACACUGGUGGCAAGUACCACAAACAAAACGUAGCAGCUGUUGAAGCUUCAUAUGUGGUGGCACUCAGAAUCGCCAGAGCUAUGAAACCUCACACCAUUGCUGAGGAGUUACUGUUGUCAGCGGCCAAAGACACUGUUCGACUUAUGAUCGGAGACGAAUUUGUGAUGAAAUUGAGUGCAGUUUCCUUGUCCAAUGACACUGUCCGCAGAAGAAUAGAUGACAUGUCUGCUGAUAUUCUUGAUCAGGUAAUCCAAGAAAUUAAAUCUGCUCCACUUCCAAUAUUUAGUAUCCAGCUUGAUGAAUCUACAGACAUUGCAAACUGUUUCCAAUUACUGGUUUACGUGAGGUAUAUUAACGAUGGCGACUUUAAAGAUGAGUUUCUAUUUUGCAAACCUCUUGAAACAACAACUACUGCACGUGAUGUAUUUGACACAGUUGGUUCAUUUCUGAAAGAGCAUAAGAUAUCUUGGGAAAAGGUUUGUGGUGUUUGCACAGAUGGUGCUCCAGCUAUGCUAGGAUGUAGAUCUGGAUUUCAACGUUUUGUACUGAAUGAGUCACCAAAAGUCAUCGGAACUCACUGUAUGAUUCAUCGGCAAAUAUUAGCAACAAAGACGCUGCCACAAGAGUUACGAGAAGUAAUGAAAAGCGUCAUAAAUUCUGUCAACUUUGUAAAGGCAAGCAGUUUAAACACACGACUGUUUUCACAACUGUGCAACGAGUUGGAUGCGCCAAACAAUGCUCUGCUAUUUCACACUGAAGUGAGAUGGUUGUCGAAAGGAAAAGUUUUAAAACGUGUUUUUGAGCUUCGUGAUGAACUCAAAACGUUUUUUAGUCAGAAAGCAAGACCGCAGUUUGAAGCUCUGAAAAGAUCUAAUCAUUCCAAAUGAAA